CAUUCAUGUAGACUUGCGGAUGUCGUUUAACUCGAAACAUUUCAAGAACAGAUACUUGAACUUCUUAACAGAAUAUACAUGCUUGUUUUGCUGAUGCUUAAUAAUAACUGAAUGUUGAAAACACUCUUAGAAUUGUCAAGUGUUUAGUGCGCAUUGUGAGUUAACAAAUAAUGAUAUUUAUAGUGACAGUGUCUGAAGGAAAUUAAAAAGAGCUUUUUUAUUACGUGUACAAUCAAUGCUAGUCAAACGCGUGGCCAAGGAACAAUAAACGAUUUUACUCUGGCCAUUUCUACGAGUCAAAUGGUUAAAAAUGGUCUGUUUUGUUUAGAAAAGUUGAAUAAUUACAGAUGGAAAUGUAACUUUUACCAGUAAACCAGCAUUUGAAAAACUAAGUGGAGGAAGCUCGUGUUUAAAAAAAAACACGCAUACACACAAAAAUGAUCUCGACCAUUUCUAUUUCGCAGCCUCGGUUUUCGAAGAGUAACGAGUAUAGUCGGAGUCCUAACCUCAGUCCUCGAUCACCAGGCGGGGUGCGGAAGUCGCCCUUAAACGUCCGGAACAAAGCAGACGACAAUAACACGACUAGGCAAAACGACGACGAGUUUGAGUAUCCUGCGUAUACACCUGGGCAUUCCGACAGUAUAUCGUCAGACACACCGGUGAACGCAACGCGAAAUGGUGGAUUACGUACCUGUGACUUCGGCACGCGAAAUUCGUUCGUUAAUGACAAUAACACAACAUAUGCUCGAGGAAAAAUGGCACUAAAUGCAGCGGUUGUGAGCGGUGGAGGAGGCGGAGGUAGUGCUGGUGGUGGCUUCGGGAAUCCGAGGAAAAGUAUUUAUCAGAGUCCGUUUAUGGAGUUCGAUGCGGAACAAGGUAUUGAAACUAUCUGGACUUUGAGUAACUCCAGUGUCGGUCAAGACCUUUCAAGGUCGUGGCCUGGGUCGCCGACUCCUAGCAACUGUACCUGUGAUAAAUUUUGUUCUAAGGAAACUGUGAUAAUCAAUGUUGGUGGUCAAACAUUCGAGACGUUCAAGUCAACCCUGAGACGACUAAAAUCUAGUAAGUUGGCAGAUGAAAGAGAAAUGAUGAAGUAUUUCAGAAAAUCAAAAGGGGACUUCUUCUUUGAUCGAGAUCCCUACGCGUUCAACAUAAUUCUGAAUUAUUUGCGCUACGGUGACCUUCACCUUCCAACUAACCUGUGUGGUCCAGCUCUUAUGAGGGAAUUCCAAUACUGGGGUAUCGAUGAAGCUGAUAUUGAAAGGUGCUGUUUCCAGCCAUACAACACGUGGAAAACACAGACAAAGUCGCUUGAAAAGCUCGAGUACGACCGGAAGCAGUCGACGACGCAGGCGGACCUUGCGCAUGACCUUGAAAGCAAGAGUUGUUUACGGCGCAUGCGCGCGGUUGUCUGGCCCUUCCUGCAGGACCCUAGCUCUUCAAGGGCUGCUAAAAUCUACGCCUGGAUAUCUAUUAUUUUCGUCUGUCUAUCUAUCUUCUCCUUCUGCGCCGAGACUCAUCCCAUGUUCAAACUUCCGCCGUCCGAGGUUCACAAUCUUCGCAUGCUGUACAAGUUCUUCACCCUUGAAGACAGUAAAGUAUUUCACGAAAACAACCGGAAGUCGAACGCGACUGCCAUUUCAGCCACUUUCAAAGGGACUAAAACAUUAAAUUCCACAUUUACGGAUGCGGCGCAUUCUAGUAAUUCAAGUGCGGAAAGCGAGACGCAUAUUCAGCAUCCCGCAUUGUUAGUUAUUGACCUUAUGUGUGUGUUCGUUUUUAGCAUCGAAUUCCUUACCCGGUUAGUGUUUUGUCCGAAAAAGCUCCGCUUUUGUAGCUCCUUGCAAAACAUAAUUGACUUCAUUGCUAUUGUUCCGGACUAUGUUGAAUUCAUUCUUCUAUGCGUCAGUCCCCAAGUUAGAGCAGGACUUAGUUUCGUGGACUUCAUAUUCAUACUGCGCAUGCUCAGACUAUGUCGUAUCUUUCGGUUAAUACGUCACGUGCCUGGUUUGUGGAUUUUGCUGUACACGCUCAAAGCUAGCUUCAACGAACUUAUGCUUAUGUUCGUAUUUUUGUUAAUCGGAAUGGUUAUGUUUGCGUCGCUGUUACAUUUUAUUGAAGGGGGUGAACAAUUCAAUAACAUUCCUGUUGGAUUCUGGUGGGCCGUGGUGACCAUGACAACCGUAGGUUACGGUGACAUGGUUCCGGUAACUGGUUUCGGUUAUGUCAUCGGGUCUGUCUGCGCAAUUUCCGGUCUGCUGAUGAUUGCCUUCACGGUACCAAUAAUUGUUAGCAAUUUCGUUCUGUAUUACACACAUGUUCAGUACGGUAUUUCCGAUAAAGACGUUUCAAACAACCGCAUGGAAGAAGAAAAGGACGAAGCUGAUGUAUGUUCAUUACAUACGUCGAUGACCAGUUCUUUUGAGGAAACAAGGGGACGCAGUCAAAGGAAAGGGAAUCAUAUCCGGUUCUCGCCCAGUGGAAGUAUCCAAAAGAAUGAUAGCGCUGACAAAUCCGUCGAGUGCGAAAAAAUGAACCCAGUGUAUGACAGGGAUGAGGAUGACCCUAGAUCGACAAGGGAUGGAAACAACGUUCAGGUUCACUAGUUAAACGUUUCACAUACGAUCAUUAAGUUCUGUACAUUAUGUAAAUAUGAAAACAAUAAGUGGGGUGUAGGGGUAUUAAUCCAUGCCCAAGGGCCAAUCCUAAAUCAUUAUAGUUUUAUUAUGUGAUUCAUUAAUAAACUUAAUGCGGAUGAACAUCGAAGUGAAACUUUUUCCAUCUGGUUUACAUUGUCUAUGUUCGCAUUUAAAACACGUUAAUCCCUGUUUAUAGGAAAAUAUAAUAUAACUAUAAUGUAUAUAUAUGUUAAUAAAAGUGUAUGUGAUCGUGUUCCUAUGUAUGUACAUAGUUUAGCAAACUUAUUUUGUUACUAUCACAAAACGUAUUCAAAACAUAAAUUACCAUUUUAACCGGUUCAAUGUUCAAGUAAAUUUGCACUACCGGUAUUGCAUCUACAUGUACUAAUAUCAGUCUUAAUGUAAUGCCCCUAUUGUGCAUGAAGGAAUGAUGUGAUAUUAAACUUUGGGUUUAUACAGUUAUAAAUAAAACCUGUAUAUAACAGGUUUUUAUCUAUUAUUUACAUUAUUUGUAUCUUGGCAUAUGCUGAUAUGGAUAUUAUUUUUUAUCAAUGUUUUUCACUUCAAAUAUAAGAAUAUUGUUCAAAUAAAAUAGAUCUAGUAUUUACAUGUUGCUUUUAUUUUUUAUUUUAAAAACACUUUACUCGUUUUACCAGCAUGAUUACCUUAAUAUUGUAUUUCUAUAAUAAGUUGUUAUUUAAUGUGUAUUAAUAUUAAUGACAAUAAAAUAAAUUCAUAUUUAACAAUGGAACAUUAUUGUUUAUUGGAUGAUUAUGACUAUCGUAAUUGUAAACGAGUUAGACUGAACUUUAACAGUUAUCUCUUGUGAUGCAAAAUAAUAAUUGAUUUUUUUCUCUUUUCAUAUUUUACAGGGCCUUUGUAAUUAUUGUCGUGAAAGCACACAAAUUAAUGUACAGGAUACAGCAUAUACAGGAGUCGGCUUGUGAUAUAAGCAAAACAACUCUCGUAUGUGUACGUACAUAGGAUUUACCUUUUCAUACACUUGUGUAUAUUACAAGAUAUAAUAAUAGUAUGCACAUUUUUUCUCUGAAUUUAAAUUACAUGUCAAGUUUUAGAUUUAAAUCAGUAUGUAUUGCAAAUAUAUCCGUUCCUUAUAAUUGGCACGUAGUAAACGUAUAUUUUAUAUUUGCAUUAUGUUUUCGUAUGAUGAAAUGAUUAUUAUAUCAUUUUUAAAGAAACAUUUGUUUAGUUUUUAAAUAUAGUGGUUUUUAACUAUAUUUAUUUUCAUUAUAUUGUAUAAUAUUUUGACAAUCCAAUAUUCUUAAUGGCUAGAACUUAUUUUUUAAUAACUUUACUCAUGUGCGGUACCGAGGGCAUAAUAUUCAUGUUUUCAUACUUUUAGAAAACGACGUGUUACCUUUGGUACAUAAAAUGUUAGCGUACACUCGAUGUUCAUUUAUACACCAUUAUUUGCAAUAUUGCUGUUUUGUGUUUUAAUUUAGUGAUGACUACGAUAUAUUGUUUUAGUCGAUUUCGUUGUGAUAUACAAGUAUUGUUUACAAUUUAGUAUCAUACAAAUAUAUUGCCUUUGCUAUUACGGCAUUUACACAUUAUAUUAUA